CCGGCCGCGGGAGGAGGAGGAGGAGGAGGUGGAGGCGGCGCCGCCUUCUCCGCGCCGCGCGCCCGAGCCGUUGUCUGCGCUCGGCUCUGGACCAGUUUGGGGAAGUUGCCGGGGCCCCGCGUCGUCCAGAUGUGCGACCUCAUUGAACCACAGCCGACCGAGAAAAUCGGCAAGAUGAAGAAGUUGCGGAGAACUUUGUCGGAGAGUUUCAGCCGCAUUGCUUUGAAGAAAGACGACACCACAUUUGAUGAGAUAUGUGUCACAAAGAUGUCUACACGGAACUGUCAGGGGAUGGAUUCAGUGAUCAAACACCUGGACACAAUUCCUGAGGAUAAAAAAGUCAGGGUUCAGAGGACACAGAGCACUUUUGACCCAUUUGAGAAACCAACUAAUCAAGUAAAGAGGGUACAUUCUGAGAACAAUGCCUGCAUUAACUUUAAGACCUCCUCUGCUGGCAAAGAAUCACCUAAAGUUAGGCGACACUCCAGCCCCAGCUCGCCAACAAGUCCCAAAUUUGGAAAAGCUGACUCAUAUGAAAAACUGGAAAAACUAGGAGAAGGAUCUUAUGCUACAGUAUACAAAGGGAAAAGCAAGGUAAAUGGGAAGUUGGUAGCCCUGAAGGUGAUCAGGCUGCAAGAAGAAGAGGGUACCCCUUUCACAGCAAUCAGGGAAGCUUCUCUGUUAAAAGGACUAAAACAUGCGAACAUAGUGCUGCUUCAUGACAUUAUCCAUACCAAGGAGACCCUGACCCUGGUCUUCGAAUAUGUGCACACUGAUUUAUGUCAGUACAUGGACAAGCACCCUGGGGGGCUCCAUCCAGAUAAUGUGAAGUUGUUUUUAUUUCAGUUGCUGCGAGGGCUGUCUUACAUCCACCAGCGUUAUAUUUUGCACAGAGACCUGAAACCACAGAAUCUUCUGAUCAGUGACACGGGGGAGUUGAAGCUGGCAGAUUUCGGUCUUGCAAGAGCAAAAUCUGUCCCCAGCCACACAUACUCCAAUGAAGUAGUUACCUUAUGGUACAGACCUCCAGAUGUCCUCCUGGGCUCCACAGAGUAUUCCACCUGCCUUGACAUGUGGGGAGUCGGCUGCAUCUUUGUUGAGAUGAUCCAAGGAGUUGCUGCUUUUCCAGGAAUGAAAGACAUUCAGGAUCAACUUGAACGUAUAUUCCUGGUUCUUGGAACGCCAAAUGAGGACACAUGGCCUGGAGUCCAUUCUUUACCACACUUUAAGCCAGAACGCUUUACCCUGUACAGCUCUAAAAACCUUAGACAAGCAUGGAAUAAGCUCAGCUAUGUGAAUCAUGCAGAAGAUCUGGCCUCUAAGCUCCUACAGUGUUCCCCAAAGAACAGACUAUCAGCACAGGCUGCCUUGAGCCAUGAGUAUUUUAGUGACCUUCCCCCACGGCUAUGGGAACUGACUGAUAUGUCUUCUAUUUUUACUGUCUCAAAUGUGAGAUUGCAACCAGAAGCUGGAGAGAGCAUGCGGGCCUUUGGGAAAAACAAUAGUUAUGGCAAAAGUCUAUCAAACAGCAAGCACUGAUGAGCACAGCCCUCUCGAGAGAGCAGGAUUAAGUUGUCAUCAAUCUGGGAAGAAAAAAAAAAAAACAUUAACGAAGUGGCCAAUAAUGUGAAGGGAAUCAUGGAUCAGUUUCCUUUCGCUCCCUGCGGUGGAUUUCACUUACGAGAAAAUUGAAGCUGGCAAGACCCUGUUUUCUCUGCAAUUUAUUUAAAACCUUGCACGCAUUUGGAUACCUUGUGAUUUCCAAGAACUAUGUGAAGAUUAAGCUUGGCUUCCUGAUACAUGGCAUGUAUUCUUUUCAGUCUUUUGUGUUUGAUUUUGUUUGAUUUCCCUCUGCAGCCCAGCAUCUCUGUAAAGGUUUUUAUGCUUUCACCAGCCAUGUUUUAAAUACAUUAAGACAACACAUUUGGCGUUCACACUUCUUCAGUAAUGUCUGUACUUGAAAGCCACACAGUGGCAUAAAACAAUGUGUGUUUUCUUUGAGAGCAGUGCACAUUUUGCAACCACUAGGAAGGACAUUUUUCGCUAAAGCAAACCCCUGUUCACUGACUGACUAGACAGCAUGGUCCCAGACUGUGGGACCCCACCUGUCGCUCACCUUUUGAGGAUGUUUGCAAAUGUGUGUGGUUUUUUUUCCCCCUUUGGAAAUAACUGUGCAUUUGUAUAGGAUACUGGAUCUGCUUAGCAUUUUCAAGCCACAUAGCGUGACUGUUUUCCAAGCAGGUUGAAGAUGAAGCAGCAAGUACCAAGCAUUUAGAAGGAAGUUAAGGGAAAUUGCUUAUUUUUCAACCUCUAUUGUGGUAACUUUUUACAUGUGUCCUGGGUCUUGUCAACAUCUCAUUUUCCCCCAUCCGUUCUGUUACACUUUGUAUCUUCUAAAUGGAGAAAAUAAUGAGGAACAGAAUGUUUAAAACUUGGAUGCAAAAGGCUGUAUGGAUGGGCCCUGGAAGCAGUCUUGGUUAAUGAACACUUGCAAAGCAAAUUACAGAAUUACCCAGAGUCAAAAGUUUGCUCAGUUACAGCAAUGCACCUUUGACUUACAUUUUUAAAAAACAUUCCAAGCUGAUUGAAAGGCAUCGUAGAGUACCUGACUUUAAAGAGGCUCCUGGAAUAACUGUUCAAAUGCAGGUUUUAGAAACAAUGCAGGAUUCUUGCUUUAAAGGUGAAAAUGGGGGGGAAAAAAAGAAAAGAAAGAAAGGCUUCACUUCCCUUAUUUAAGGAGUUGAGGACCUUGGAGGACGAAGGUGAGUCUGGGAGCCUGGGGAAAAAGUGCUCAGGGUACAAAGUGCUCUGAUAUGGAGGGGUUCUCCUGAUGGCAGGCCAGCUCACAUGGGGUGGGCCUUCCUGCUGAAUCCCAGUAAUACUGAGGCCACAGGGCAGUUAAACUUCAUCUAAAGCAUGAACUUAGCUCCUCUAAGCAAAUUCCCAUGAAAAUACCUCCACAUACAUUGUUUUACAUUUUCCUGUUAUGUCAGAAGGAAGGAGAAACUACAAGCUUGAAAUGUGUCACACAUUUUUAGAAUCAAAACUAGGAAUUAUGAUCCAAAUAGACAAGGGCUUCCUGAGAGUUGGGUGAGGGAAAAGCAUUUCUACAAACCCGAAAUCUCUACGGAAGUGGACUCAGCAUUCCUAAACCCUAACAUGGUAUUAUCUCUGGAGUAAAGUGCAAGUAGAUAUGUCAAGGGUCCUAACUCAUCCAAAUGUAGCCUUCUUUUAAACUUACAAAUGCCAAGCAAAGAAUUAUUUACAGAUUGGUUUGAAAGAGAGCAAAAGACACCCAAAGCUAGAGUGUUUUUCUGUUUGCUGCCUAGAAAUCCUUUUCAUUCCUCUUUCAUUCAUUCCAACUCACCGGAAGUCUUUAGAAGUAUUUCAAUUUAAAGUAUACUUAAUAUUAGGAUUUCUUAAAGGAAAUAUGGGGAGAAAAGUUGACAUUUAAUGAAAAGCAGCCUUCCUUGUGAUUUGUUUUAAGUCAUUCAUUUGGGGUAGAGUCAUAAUUUUUAUAUUUUACUAAGUUUACAUUAAGAGUUUGCUGAUUAAAUCUUAGUAUUUAAUAAGUUUCUAACUUGGAAUUUUGAAAAUAUUCACUGUUGGAAGUCUUCAAUAGGAAUGUAAGGCUAAUUAGAGAUCUGUGCUCUUGUAUAGACAACUUCUUCUGGGAAGUAAAACAAUACCACUCAGUGUGCAUGUAAGGGGAAUCUGUCAUUACAGAAAUGUGAUGAUCAGAAGUUGGAAGGUUUUGAGUUCCCCAUUCUUGCCACUGAUACACGAAAUCCAAAGUUCUGUUUGUCUCUCUCCUUUUCUAUUUGCAGACACAUUCUCCCUCCCCUGCAUUUCAUUCCUGCCUUCUCUGAGGGCAGUCAUGAAAAUUAAUACAGACUGUUCAUUAACAGAGUUAUUAUACUAUUGAGAAAGCACUGGGAUGUUUUGUGAGAUUAUUUUUAUAUGAAGGAAUAGCUUGAAUUUGAAGAGCUGGUAAGAAGAGUUACAAAUACCUUAACACAGUGAUGGUAUCGCCAUGACAUCACUGCACACAGUGUUCUGAAAGGACAGGGACAGUUUGACUGACUUAAAAAUACAAGAUACAUAGGACAUGAAAACACCUAUUUAAAUGCUCAGAAAAAAAAAAAAGGUCCAAGGCAGAGUGGCUGUCCAUCCAUGAAGCAGGGAUGAGAAGCUAAUUCUACCUCCCAAGAGUGAUUAAAAAGUUUCCAGGGGAGCCUCCAGGCUUGCAAAAAAAAAAAAAAAAAAAGCAAAGCCUCUUAGUAUCCUUUCCUCUGUGUGUAUAUGACAGCCAGUACCCUAGGUAUGCAUCUAUAUAAGAUACUCAUCUGUGAAUAUUACUGGGUUUGUAAUCUUUGUUAUAUAAGAGGAUGUUUAGGCUGUACAUACUGGGGCAGAUUAUUGCCUGCCCCCUAUACAUAGGAAUAUGCUCAUAAUUGCGCAUAACUUCCAUCUCCUUUACUGGCUUGUAGGCAGAAGAAACUAUGUAUGUUACUUAUGUUACUGCCUUGAAGUCUUCUCAUACACCAAAAGAAAAAUUUAAGAAUCUCAAAUAACAUAAGCAAUUUCCUAUUCUCAUUCCCCUUCCCACAGCAGCAUAUUUUAGAGGGACAUACAAAAUCUAAAUUCUCAGUUCAGGAGUGGACUUGAAAAAAAUUUGUUUUUAUCUUUUUAUUUUAUUUUUUUUUUGUAUGAUGCACUGAGAUGUGUACUUUCUAACGAAGUUGGUACCUAAGAAAUGUGGUAGCAUCAUUCAGAAAACUAUUAUACUUCAAAGUGACAUAUAGUAAGGAGAAUGGAAUAAUACAUGUUGCAUAUUUGUUACCAAUUGUAAUUUGUCUGUAUUAUGAAGGAUGUAAUGGUUUGUCAGCUGUCACUGUUGUUUCCUUGUAACAUGAUAUGGAAUAAAAGUAUAGCAAAACCUC